AUGUCGCCGCCGACCCCGCGCAGCAGCUUGGAUUGCGUUCUUCCAUGCAGUGAACAUCGUUGCGGGCCUCAGCCGUUCCUCUCCGCUCUUCGCGAGGCAGACGCAUGCGUUCCCCCUCCCUGCGUCUCCCUCCUGUGCCCACACCCCAUCGCGAGGCCGAAGGCGGCAAUGCCUUCCGCGUACGUUGUGCCUACUUCACUUCAGUCUGCAGAGGGCGCCUUGCGCUUCUCUCGCGCGCGCUCUUCGCGUGGAGGUCCACCCUGUGGAUCUACGUGUGAAGCGCGCCUCAACACUCCUUCUCGCGGAGUUGCUCUGCGUCCUGACGCUCUGACGGCGGGCGAUGUCGAAGCAGCGCGACCGCCUUUUUCAGCAGGAAGCAGCAGCUCCUCCCUCGCUACGGAAGUGACGUCUUCUUGUCCGCGCGAGUACGCGCGGAAGCGGCGGCUCGGGCUGACGCGCGGCGCUUCUAUGACUGUCGCCUCGUCCAGAAGCACCGGCAGCGAGGACAGCAGCCCGAGGACCCCACACAGCGGCGCUGCGAGCCUGCUGAACUCGCGGCGGCCUGCGUCGUGGGGUCAGACACAUUCGGCUGAGGCAGCGCUGCCCUGUGAGCGCGACUUCGCAGGCGCUGCCUGGAAGCCAGAUGGCGGCUCACACGCGUCUCGCCUCGGCUCCUGCAGCCCAGCGGGUGCGGGAGCCGAGGCAGACACGUUGAUCACCGCAGGCCUCCGCGCCGUGUGCUCGGGGCGAACGGAGGGCCUGGCCUGGCCGUCGCCGAACCCCGCAAGCGCCGAAUACAACUCAGACGCCGUUGGCGGGGUCUACAGCUCGUCUAUUCAGCAGAGUACUCCUCUUGCACGGACUUCCACGAUGUCUGCGUCGAGCUGUCAUGCCUCUUCGCGAGCUUCGCUUUCCUGUUUGCGAACGUUCACUCCGAGAAGCGGCGGGAGACAGGCAUUCGAAGACUUCGCGACGCCUGCGCCGGGAAAUUAUGUGCACGACCUGCCUGGGACCGGAGCCUGGCCGCCCGAAGGCCUCCGCUUCCAGGCAGUACGUGGGCGAGAUGGGGCUGGCGAUGGCGGCGCCCGGUUUCCCUCUCCGAAUCUUUCUUAUGAAACAGCGUCUUCCGGCAGGCGCAGAAACGCUGACACGGCGACGUGCGGGAGUCCCCUGAGCGUGGGGAGGCGCGUGCCCUCUGCGCCGAGCCCCCGGAGUAACGAGUCGCCGGGCGGGCUGCCGCCAUACUACGCAGCCCGGAGGACGGAGCGCCUGUGGAGCGGCGCUGAGUCUGCCUGCGGCGCCCUGAAAGUGACGGCACAUCGCCCCGCGCUAGAAAGCCAGACGGCGGCCGUGGAUUCCUUGCCGCAGCCUCGCCGCUCACCCGCCGCCUGGAGAUCCUCUCGAGCUCUCGUGGCUGCGCCCAUGCUCUCCAGUGCCCUGGUUGGGAUCCAGUCACCAUCCAGGCUGUCUGCUAGCCCCUGUAGUGGGGCGGGAGGAAUUAGAUGCGUGCUCAUCUCGGAGACGAGCCUGGAGCAGCUCUCGUCGGUGGGGACUCCCACAAAGAAAGGAUUAACCACUGUGGACGCUGAAAAGCUGCGUGCCCCUGCAACUGCCACUGUCCUACGGAAACGCGUGAAAGAUGCAGUCACGGUCUCCGCCAGCGGCGAGAGCCCGGCAGCUGCUGAGUUUCCUGCAAGCGCUCCAAGUGAGGGGGAGGAACGGCGGAAAAGCGGAGUUUUGAGAGAGCGCAACAGAGAGGAGUCUCAGGAACGAGCGCCGCUGCCUAAUGGGUCUGGCUCCCUGCGCCAUCUGCAACUUCUAGGCGUCAAUGCAGCCGAUCAGGUGGCGGUGUGGACAGCCGUCCGGGCCAAAAUGGCUGAGCGGACAUCGGCAAAUCGGAGCGGAAGUAGAACCCCAGAAAUGAACUGGACUCCGCAAGACGAACAAGAUUCCGUGGACGCCGUGUUGGAGCCUGACGUGGAGGAGAAGGAAGCUGAGAAGGCCCUUUCAGAACAGGUCGACGACGCCCAAGUAAAUGGCAGCUUCGCCCGAAACUGCGAAGCGCUGCGGGGAGAUACUCGCCGUGGGAAACGGUGGAGCAGACCUGAGGCGCUUCACCAGCUUGAGUUUGGGGGUGGGAGCUGGGACGCCCAGAUGCAGGAAGGACCGGGAGGAAAUGCGAGUCACAUUCAGCGGCACUUUAUUGGCGUGCAAAGCCCUCUGGCGAGUCAUCAUGGAAAUUACGUUUCGGAUCGUUGUGAAGGGCAGCUGAGUCAUGAAAACGGAGGUGACUCCAGCGCCUUCAACUUACGUGCAGACUGUGGACUUCUGACGGAGCCAGACGCUCAUCGUGCGGCGCCCCCUCCUACUCCUGUUCGCCUUCGGUCGACAGCGAAACUGGAUGGAACUUCCGCCUGCAGACUCCCUGCAGCGGUGUGGGGCCUCCCUGUUCCCACUCCGGGGCACCGCAGUCGGGCGCCCCUGAACUUGGAAUCCUUUUCGGCUGAUGUCGGCAGUGGGCUCGAGCCGCAGGGAACCCUGGGGCAUGCAGACGUCCAAGAAUCCCCUCUGCUUCCACUCAGCGAAGGCAUUGGGGUGCCCGAAGCGGAUGAACAGCCCCUCAGCGACAGAGCUCGAUACCUCAGUGGAAGUGCCGGCAAGAGCGUGGCGAUGCCCCAGCCGUCAUCCAAGGCUUCUGAGAACGAAGAGAUGGAACGCUCAUGGCUCCAGGAAGAACUUCAGAUGCGAAGGCUAGCCUGGCAACUGCGCCAGGAGCAGCAGCUGCGCCUUGCCCUGCUCAUGCCACGUGGCCCUGCGCUGCCCUCCCCAGCGUCUGUCGUGUCUCCUAUUCGGCAUCGCUCGCCUGCGGCAAGCCCUCGUUUGCUCCGCGAGUGUGAUCCAACUAUCUGUGACUGCGGAAGAGAAAGCAGCUGGAUAUCUCCUUUCGAGGCCACCGGGGAUGGCGAUGGUGCCCGAAAUUCGGCAGUCUUUAGUACGAACUCUUUGGCAGCACCCUGCGUCUCAAGCGCUCACAAGGAUGCCGAGAACUACAUCCGGGUAGGCGUUUGUACCGUGUGCGAACCUCCAGCCUCAAGCUGCCAACUAGCAGCUGAUUCCUUUGACCUUUAUCACCAGCCACGAACUUCUCCUAAACGCGAGGCAGGAUCUGCAGCGCCUCGCCCGAGCACGCAAUCGACAGGCUGUCCAUUGCCGAAGCAUUCUGCUCCCGUGCCUGGCGACCUGACCCCGGCUGGUUUGGAGAGAAGUCGCGCCGUCGGAGAUCUCUCUACCAGAACCGGGAGUGCGGACAAGAGCUCGCUCCCCUACGUCUGGAAUGAUGCGGCAUCGCGUGGCGCCAACGGCGGGAUGCCGCCCUACCGAUGGCCGCAGCCCAGCGAUUCGGAGCUGCCGCUGGAAACCGGGUUGUCGUCGGGCGGGCCUCGUGGGGUGUCGGGGGGCUGCAGCCCCCGGGAACGCUGUCGGCGGACCCCAACGUCCGGCACUUCACGCGAAGGCAAACGCGGCGCUACACGGCCGACAUUCGUUUCUUUGAGCCGAUCUGGCCUGUCGAAGCGUCGUCCCGCGCCCCUGACCCUCCCGAGUAUGGAUGACGGCGCGGCGGAGCUUCCUCCGCCUGCGCCAACCUCGUGGAGCAGCCGCCUACGGAUGGCAGCCGUACAGUGCGCCGAUGCGGCGGCAGGCUCUGAGUCCUGCUCAGAAACCGCAGACGAGCCUUGCGCCUCUUUCUCCUUGGACGGAGCCAAGGCCACGCCGAUCAGAGCUGCUGAGGCAGCCAACACACGGCUCCGAGCGACAAGCGCGGCGACGGAUAAGUUGCCGAAGACUUGGCACGCUCCGGAAGCAGACGAGGUAGGGUCGGCGUUGCCGACCCUCCUAGGGAGGCGUCCGCCGCCGUUGUGGGCCCAGGUGGACCCUGUUGCAUGCACAGGGUGGUCGCUGGGGACUCGAAAGAAAAACGAGGCAGCGACGAAUGGCGACAAAAGAGUCUGUGUGCAGGGGAAGCCCGUGAUGAGGGACUUCGCUCCCCUGCGUACCUGUCCAUCAAGUCAAGCAAAAAUGGGUUUUCCCGGGGGAGCACACAUCGACGUGGAGACGGAAAAACUGCAGGCCGCGGACGAGCGUGUGCCUCAUCCGCCCCUCCUCGCCUUCACUCCGAUAUCGGAGACCCAGAUGCCAGAUCGUGGAGAAAGUCCCUGCGGCGCGUCGGCGCACAUCAUGGAUGCGGACGAAGACCAGCCGCUGCAUUCGUGCUUUUAUCCGGCGCCCUCGGAUAGAUCCGGAGUUUGUGUCGCGCGUUCGCAGCUUUUGGUAGACACACCAGAGAGGCGUCAGUCGCCUCUCAUCCCACAGGGGCACUGCGGCAGCGCGGCUGACCUGAGGGAAGAUGAUGCGCUGUGUGCGCUGCCGACAGAGGUCAACGAAGAAAGCGAAAUGGAGGCAGGCCAGGACCGAACUCCGCGGACUGGCUGCAGGGACCCCAUUCUCACCGCCCCGCACCAUCGUGGAGCUCAUAGAAACCCGCUGCUGGGGUUCGCUGCGCCCUCUGCAAGCAGAGGGUUUCUCCAUCUUCCUUCCUUGCCCACCGUCUUUCGCUGA